CCCAUCGCACGAGCUCAAUAUCCACCACCAGCCUCAUACGACAACAUCCUGACCUCGCCCGUAAAUCCAAAGGUCACAGUCUCUUACAAGCAGCCUGCGAAUGGCACUUGCACCACUGCCUUCUCUACGCAAAAGCAAUAUACCGGAUACAUUGAGCUUCCACCAUAUACGCUCGCUCCAAUACAGCAGAACUACUCGAUAAACACCUUCUUUUGGUUCGUAGAAGCUCGGCAGACACCCGAGUCAGCACCUCUGACGAUAUGGCUCAACGGAGGACCGGGAUCGAGCAGCAUGUUUGGCAUGUUCAAUGAGGUGGGACCGUGUGAGGUAGUACAAAAGACGGAUGGCAGCUAUGGUACACAGAUGCGGGCAUUCGGAUGGGACAGGGCCUCGAACAUACUCUUCAUCGAUCAGCCCAAUCUCGUCGGAUUCUCAUACGAUGUUGCGACAAAUCUAUCGGUGGACCUCAUAACGGGACAAUACGAUCAGCCACUGGACAGGCCAAAGAUCGGUUUGGCGGCGUCCGUCACUCUGAACGGAACGUUUCCCUCCAUCGGGCCAUAUCAGACGUCUGCGAACACCACCGAGAUUGCUGCAGUUGCGACAUGGCAUUUUCUGCAGACGUGGCUAUCCACAUUCAAACAGUACAACCCAGCCACACGACCCAAUGUCACCACGCCGAAUUCAGAUGAGCCAGCAGGUGUCAGUCUCUUUACUGAGUCCUACGGUGGCAAGUAUGGGCCAGUAUUCGCUUCGUACUUUGAGGAGCAGAACGAUGCCAUAGCCAGUGGUACACUGUCCAGCGCUACGACCUUGCCUAUCAGAGUGCAAUCUGUAGGAAUCAUGAACGGAAUCGUGGACGAUCUCAUUCAGGAUUACUACUACCCACUGUUUGCGUUCAACAACACUUACGGCGUUGAUAUUAUCAGCCAGACUCAACAGCUAAAUGCUUUGAACGACUACAACAAUGACUGCGUGCCUGCAAUCAAUGCCUGUCGCAUGGCUGCAGGCACAGACCUACACGGAGAUGAUGACAACGCUAAUCGCUUGUGUCGAAUCGCUCGGACCACAUGCAGCCAACUGACUGCGUUGAUCGGUCCGAGUCAGUACUACCCGUAUGACAUUCGUCAGAAGGAGCCGACUCCAGACCCCUCGGCGGCCUAUCAGGAGUACCUGAACAAUGCUUCUGUGCUUGAAUCAAUUGGCGCUCGCGUCAACUAUACAGAGAGCAAUCAGAAUGUGUUUGACGCUUUCGUUUCCACUGGCGAUACAGUCCGCGGCGGUAUGAUUCAAGACCUUGCCGAUCUGCUCAAGCGCGGCGUACGCGUGGCUUUGGUGUACGGCGACGCAGACUAUCUUUGCAAUUGGAUGGGCGGUCAGGCUGUCGCCUUUGCGAUCGCAGAUGCGCUAUCGAACUCAACCUCGCCAGCAUCCGUCGAUGCAUCCGGUGCCAGUCAGGCGCUGACAUAUUCCGCCGGCUUCGCCAAAGCAGGCUACGCAGAUAUCGUGGUCAACGACACAUACGUGGGCGGUGCCGUCCGUCAGUAUGGGAACCUCAGCUUCUCCCGCAUCUACGACGCCGGACACUUCAUUCCUUACUACCAACCAGAAACCGCCUUCCAGGUUUUUGCCCGUGUUUUGUUUGGCAAAGAUCUGUCUUUUGGCCAAGAAGUGGACCUGCAGACAUUCGCUUCCAACGGCACAGCAAAUUCGACAUAUGUCAACAAGAUUCCUGAUCCUCCCAAGCCGACGUGCUGGCUCCGCAGCUGGAACUCCUCUUGCGGCCAAGAUGACAUGGAAGCGAUGAGUAACGGCCAGGGCGUCGUGGAGUUUGGCAUCUUCUAUCAGGAUGCAGAUGAUGUAGUGAGACCGAGUAAAACGGUCGAAGCUGGUAUUCCUGGCUCACCGAUGAAUACGCCAUCGUUUAGUUCGGGUACGAAGGUGGAUCAAGGCACAAGCAGUUCUUCGGUGGCGUUGACGGGCUUCUACACAGCUACUGGGACGCCGAAGCCAAAGAAGGGGGCAGCG